AUGAGCAGCACAAGCAGCAGCGCGGAAAAGGGUGGCGGGACCUCAGGCGGGGCGACCAGCGGGACCAACGGCGGAAAAACCGCAGGUGGAAAAACCGGCGGAGUGACGAGCGGCAGUGGGGGCGGCACGGCUGAAGCGGACUCCGCAUCCUUGGGAGGGUGCGAUGUGGCCAAAGGAAGAUGGGUGCCGUCACACGAACCACCUCCGUACACCGGCUUCACAUGCACAACGCUGCGGGCGUAUGAGAACUGCCAGAAGAACAAGCGCCCCGACUCAGCUUACCUCAACUGGCAGUGGCAGCCCGACGACUGCGACUUGAGAAGGUUCGACCCAGCUGCAUUUGCAAGCCGCUUCAGGAACAAGGUGCUUGGCAUUUCAGGCGACUCCUUCUCCUCCAACUUUGGUAGCUCCAUCCGCUGCAUCAUCGCCUCCUUCACCACCACCAAGGACUUCACGUCCACGUGGUAUGGGCAGGAUGUGCGUGGGUACAAGGUGCCGGCGUACAACAUCACCUUCCUCUCGCUCUCUGCUGUCUUCCUAGUUGACGCCACGCCCAUGGGUGCUGCCAAGAGCAGUGGCACCUGGAAGAUUCACCUGGACAAGCCCAAGGAGGUUUGGGCGGCCGUGCUUCGCUUCCUGGACGUCUUCAUCUUCACCACUGGCCACUGGUUUGUCAAUGCCCCCCCUAAGCUGCGGCAGUUUUACAUGAAGGGAGUUCUUCAGAAUGACAUGAGUCCAUUUGAGGCCAUGAGAGUUGCCCUUUCCACAGUACGGGACUCCAUCAUCAACUCUGACUACCGUGGUGUGCCUGUCAUGCUCUCAUACUCGCCAUACCAUUACGAGGAAGCCUACGGUGGCGACCCAAAGAAGUGCUGCAAAGGAGCACAGAGGCCGUUCACAGAUGCAGAGGUGGCAAUUGCGGAGAGAGGCACAGAAGCACUGGAUGCAGUGGCCACACAGCUUGGCGUGUUUCAACAAGUGACAAAACCACCUGUGAAGGCAGAUGAAAGAGCCACCUUUAGGAUAAUGGACGUGACACGGCUUAGCCUCAUGCGGCCAGAUGCCCAUUUGCAGAAUUACACUGGUGCAUCUGGUACCGACUGCUCCCACUGGUGCAACCCUGGACUACCAGAUACAUGGUCAGACAUACUCUAUAAUGUACUGAUGCCAGCGUAA